UCCCGCGCCCGGUUCUGGAGAAGUAUCCUGGGUAACGUUUACGUCACUUCCUAUUCUGUGCCCGGUUGCAAGAUGGCGGCCCCCAGUGAUGGUUUCCAGGCACGUGAACGGCGCAUUCGGGACACGGAGCGAGAUUGGGAGGGGGCAGAACCCAAACGGCCCCGUCUCGGAGCGGGGAACAAAAGCGGAGGCCGGCGGCUCGUAGUGGUGCUGGAAGGGGCCAGCCUGGAGACCGUCAAGGUAGGAAAAACUUAUGAGCUGCUCAACUGUGACAAACACAAAUCUAUACUUUUGAAAAAUGGACGGGACCCUGGAGAAGUGAGACCUGACAUAGCUCACCAGAGUUUGUUGAUGCUGAUGGACAGUCCCCUGAACCGUGCUGGCUUGCUUCAGGUUUAUAUCCAUACUCAAAAAAAUGUUCUGAUUGAGGUGAACCCCCAGACUCGUAUUCCUCGGACCUUUGACCGCUUCUGUGGCCUCAUGGUUCAGCUCCUGCACAAACUCAGCGUUCGAGCAGCUGAUGGCCCCCAGAAGCUGUUGAAGGUGAUCAAGAAUCCAGUGUCAGACCAUUUUCCUGCAGGAUGUAUGAAGAUUGGCACUUCCUUUUCUGUCCCUGUUGUCAGUGAUAUUAAAGAGCUGGCUGCUGGUGGUGACCCUAUUGUCUUUGUUGUUGGAGCCUUUGCUCAUGGAUCGGUAAGAGAUGGUUCUGGGACUGGCAUAAAAUGGCAGUAUCUGCUGCUUCUUGGGAGUACGUUUUUUUUGGCAGCAAUGUUGGAAUUUUUUGGUAUAGCAACAUUGUUCUUCAUGGGUUUUUUUUCACCUCUCCCUAGGUCAAUGUGGACUACACAGAAAAGAUGGUAUCCAUCAGCAACUAUCCCCUUUCUGCUGCUCUUACCUGUGCCAAACUUACGACAGCCUUUGAGGAAGCAUGGGGUAUCAUUUAACAGCAGAUGGCCUUGCUUUAAGGCCUUACAUUAAGACUGUUUAUCAACUUGAAAGCCAUGGAAUUGACUGCUGGACAGUCCUGCUUACAGGAUCCUAUUGUGCUGUUCUUUUCAUAGUCACUUCAUAAAUUUUUUUUUUUUUUACAAA